UUAUUAACAUAACCUUUUAAAACUUUAUGAAAAUCUUUAAACAUAUGUAGUAGAGGCUAGUUUAAUGAACUCCUUGUUAGUUCUUUGACAAUUGUCAACUGCUAGCCAAUCUUGUUUCAUGUAAAUCUCCUUCUGUAUUAUUUUGAAGCAAAUCUCAGACAUCGUAUAAUUUCUAAAUAUUUUAGUAUGAUUUAGUAUGAUUCUCUAAAAGCUAAAUAUUCUAAGAAAAAGGGUUUUCUCUCCGAAAAGAAACACUAAACUAUUUAGGGGUAAAAGAGAAUGUUGUCUGUAACUUUCAUAUGGUUCAGGAAGGUCUGGGUAAAGAGUAUACAGGAAUCUUUUUUUUUUUUUUUUUGCACUGUUCUUGCAACACUUCUAUAAGUUUGAAGUAUUUUGAAAUAAAAAGUUUUACAAAUGUAUAUUACUUUUAAAAUAUACUUUUAAAAUGUGGAUUACUAAAAAAGAAAAAUAACCACAGUACUAGACCACACCAACAAAGAACAAUCAUUCUUUAAUAACAGCAGAACAUCAUAGCAUUCAAAAAUGAAAGGUCAUCUUUUAAAAAACCAAUUUAUUUGUUCAAGGCUCAAAUCCAAAUAAAGUCCAUACAGUGCAACUGACACGAUUAAAUUUUAUUUAAUUUAUAGGUUUCCCUCCUCUCUUUUUUUCCUUGCUAUUGCUGUAAAAAUUUUUUUGAAGAAACUGUUUGUAGAGUUUCCUCCUAUCUGAAAUCGGUGAUUACCUCCCUUGGUGCUGUUUUAUGUGUUUCUCUAUCUCAGAGAGUUCCUGUAAAUUGGGAGUUUACAUCUACAGACUUGAUCAGAUUUAUAUUCCUUUUUUUUUUUUUUAAGUAGUCAACAUUUCAUAGAUUUUAUGUAAAAAUCCUGAUUCAGGCUCCCUUAGGAAGUGCUGCCACCUGGCAACAAUUGGUCCAGGGUUGAGUAGCCACCAUCCCCAUUCCCCACCUCCCAACCCCAUUUAGGUGGGACUUGAAUUCUCCUGCAGGCCAAAGUUCAUGCCACUUCCCAUAAGCAGUUUCACACAUUUAUCUGCCUGGCUCCCACAGGCAUGGGAAGUUGACACCCCUAUUCUAAACAUUGCCUCUUCAGGGGCUUUGGUAGAUUUCCUACCAAACACACACAUCACACACAACAAGUGGCCUUUCAAGAACAUAGUAGAGAUGAGAAAAAAUGAUUUGGAAAGAGACUUCCUUAAAGUGCUUGAAGGGAAAGUGAUAAGCAGCCAAACUGGGGGAGGCCGAGUUACAGAAUUUGGUGAGAACACAGGUUGAGGGAAAGAGGAAAAAAAAGUAAAACCAUGAAUUAAAUUAACAGAGUGCUGCUAGUAUGAGAGUUGGAAUGUGUUAACAGAUUCCUAACCAAUAGUAGGAAACAAAGACAGCAAGUUGGCUUAAAAAAGAUACUUUAGUCUUUUAAUAUAUUAUAAUAUUGAAACCUUAAAGAGAAGAGAUUAGUAAGUGUUAAAUUGGCCAAGAGUCCUAGUCAGAAAGUGCAAGCAGGCAGUUGUAGGAUAACAAAAAUCAGUGUGGCGAUUAAAUGAAUGAGGUAGGAAAACCUUCUAGAAAAGGCCCGUGGAAAAGAAUCAGGAACCAUACUGUGGGAAUGGUGAAGAAUUCAUGGAAAUUUAAGAGAAGAGAUAAUCUUGAAAGUCUUGGGUGUUUUUUUGGGGGGGUUUUUUUUUUUUUUUUGCAAUUGUAUUGAAAUGAGUAGUAGUAUAAAGAUAGAGGAAACACAUCAUGUUUAGUGGUCUUGAAAAUGAUAAACUUUUGCAGAAAAGAAAAUAAUUAUGACAACUUGGGCCCUUUCUGGAAAUUUCCAGAUAGUUCCCCACACUCAGAAGAAUGAUUAAGAGAGAGAAUCUGUGACUGGUUAUGAGGAAGGAUGGAAAAUUUUGAAGGACGAGUUGAUUAUGUAAUUUUUAGACUGUGUUGUUUAAAACUGUUGCUGUGAUAUUUUAGUUAUUAAUAACAAUUUGGGGAAAUCUAGUCAGUUCUGGAGAAACAUUUGGCGCUAAUAAGAAAGAAAUGCCACUGUUUGUGAAUUCCCAAGUGGAUGUAAAGACCCAUUCACUUGCUAAGCCUCUUAGGAAACCCAGAGCCGGUUUUACCCUUAACAAGCUGUUGACAGAGUCUGAUCAAGGUACCACCUGGAACAUGUUAACAAUACAAAAAAGUGGAUGUGGAGUCAGACUUUCAAUCCCUUUAUGUCACUCACCAUGUGACCCUGGCAGAUUACCCAUGGAAAAUUUCUAGGGUGUAAAGGUUGUUUUACACACAGUAGCUAUGAUUCUCACUGCUUGGAUGGUAGGAACUCAGAACUCUGAAUACUUCCAGUACUAAUGGCAGCCACAACAGCCUACAAUCAUAGCACACUUACAUAAUACCAGGUACUCCUGCAAAUGCUUCACAUGUAUUAUCUCAUUUAAUUCUUAAAAAGUCCUACAAGGUAGGCACUGAUAUUAAAAUUAGUCCCAUUUUAUAGAUGAAGAAGCCAAGGGAGUUUAGCUAACUUGCCUAAAGUGGCCUUGUAAGCAACAAAGCUGGGCUUUAAACCCAGGCAGGCUGAAUCCAAAGUGGAAUUGCCUUGCCCUACCACCUCCCACCUUCCAGUCACAGGGAAACACAGACAGCAAUACCAAAUACUAGCACUUCCCAACCCUGGUUCCUAAACCGUGUGCCUCAGUUUGCUUGGAGGUCUUGGAAUAAUUUUCAGAGUUUCCAAAAGCUUCAGUGGAAACAUACAAACAUGCAAUUAUUAAUAGACCACAAGUUUUUUAGGUUGGAAUCCACUAUUAACAACAGCUUAGCUCAGGUUUUGAGGAAGCUCUGAUUGGCAAUUGCAUAUACAAAAACAUUGCAGGUUUUUGUUUUCGUUUAAGUGGGCAGAUGAAUCAUUACUUAAUAAAUGCAAUUUAGUGGAGUAGAUCUUUCUGAACAUGUGGCAUAUGGAGGAAGAAUAAAGGGUGCUUGGCUUUGAGGAGGUUGGGCAAUGCUAAUAUACAUGUGUAUGCAUGUUGCCCAAACUGUCGGCCUUCAAAACUCUUCCUUUUAUUUUUAAAUAGCACGAUUCUUUAAUCUGACUUGGAGUCAAUAUAUUUUUCCCUCAUUAUUUAAAAUGUUUUGUUGGCUUUAUGUUUAAUAUUGGAGUGAUCAUUUUAAUAUUGGAUCAUUCAUCAAGUGAUCACAUUCUUAAAACAUGGUCAGGAACUGGGAUGCAGAAUUGCAAGUACUGUAGAUUCCUGGCUAAAAACGUAAGUUAUGCAAAGAAUUGACUUUAAUCUUUUUAAGCUGUGCCCUUGAAUUUUUUUAAAAGAAAAUUUAAGAAUAAGACUCUACUAUCAAAACAAGGGAACAUGGACGAUUUUUUAAAAAACAAACACCUGUCCAUUAUUCGUGCAUUAGCUCCACAUGGCCAGCUUGUGGCAGGCCCUCUCUGAAUACUUUUUCAAUGAGCAGUCCCUGGAUCUUGGAAGAAAGAUGCCAGCGGCCAGGGCCCUUCAUUUAAAGAAGAGGACUGGGUCUUUCGCGUGAAAUAGUUUCUGUGCCACGUUGGGAAAAAUCAAUCUAGGCCUCUCUUGACGGCCAUGGAAAAACACAGGUGACUCCUUAUUCCUGAGCAUUUGAUGCAAUUGAAACAGCACCGGACUCUGCGAAUCCUGUGUGCAGAGUCUGGAACAGGAGCUCACGGACACUUCUGCGGCCCGGGGCCUUGUUCUGACAGUCACCAGGUUGUGUGGCCCAGAGUCCUAACUGCGUUGACCUUCGGCAGGUUCCGAAUUGUGUCCUCCCAGAGGAGGCUGAGGCCGCUGCCUACUUGGUGGGGGGCCCCGGCUGGCCCCUGGGUCAGGCAUGGGGCCUUGCGGGGCCCUCGUAGGUCCCGCCGCCGCCCUCCUGAGGCCUGAUCCUUGGCGCCGCGGUUCCCCCAGCCCCGGGCCCGCAGGGCUGCGGGUCGGGCCGACCUCCUCCCGGACGGGCUGCGUCCUCUGCCCCGCGCCGGGGGCGGGCCGGGCCGGCAGAGCCGAGCCGCCGGCGUCCAUUUUCUGGGCGGUGCUGUGCAGCGCCGCGGCCGGACUCACGGGUCCGGAAGCACCAUGGACCCCCGGGGAAACGCGCCGGCGGCUGAGGAGCCGAGCCCCAUCUUGAUGUGGAAGAAAUGGAGGACUCAGAACCAAGGAUUUCCAAGUGAUUUCUUCCAAAGCACAGGAAUCUAACUCUGUUAAAGCUGGUCCGUUCUAACUGAGGUGUUCUAUGAAUGCUGUACAGCAAUCCACUACAAGUAUGACUGUGCUAGAGAGAAUGGAGAAUUCAGCUGCCACAAAAAUCUGGUCUCUUCGUUCUCAGACUCUGUUGAGGAAAGAAGAUAUGCAGAAAUAACCAUCUGAUAAAUGCAAAAAGAAGAUAUUUUGAUGACAGUCAUGUCCCUUUCCAGGGACCUCAAGGACGACUUUCACAGUGACACGGUGCUCUCCAUCUUAAAUGAGCAGCGCAUUCGGGGCAUUUUAUGCGAUGUCACUAUCAUUGUGGAAGAUACCAAAUUUAAAGCCCACAGCAAUGUUCUGGCAGCUUCAAGCCUGUAUUUUAAAAAUAUCUUUUGGAGCCAUACAAUCUGUAUUUCCAGCCACGUCCUGGAGCUGGACGAUCUCAAAGCUGAAGUGUUUACCGAAAUACUUAAUUAUAUCUACAGUUCCACAGUCGUCGUCAAGAGACAGGAAACAGUCACUGAUCUUGCAGCUGCAGGAAAAAAGCUGGGAAUAUCAUUCUUGGAAGACCUUACCGAUCGCAACUUCUCAAAUUCCCCGGGUCCCUAUGUAUUCUGUAUUACUGAAAAGGGAGUGGUUAAAGAAGAAAAACAUGAAAAAAGGCAUGAAGAACCAGCCAUCACUAAUGGGCCAAGGAUCACAAAUGCAUUUUCCAUCAUCGAAACAGAAAAUAGUAAUAACAUGUUUUCCCCGCUGGACUUGAGGGCAAGUUUCAAAAAGGUCUCUGACUCCAUGAGAACAGCUAGCCUUUGCCUGGAGAGGACGGACGUCUGCCACGAGGCAGAGCCUGUCCGCACACUCGCUGAGCACUCAUACGCUGUUUCUUCCGUAGCUGAGGCUUACAGAAGUCAGCCUGUACGUGAACAUGAUGGCAGUUCACCUGGUAACACAGGGAAAGAAAAUUGCGAAGCCCUUGCAGCAAAACCGAAAACAUGUCGGAAGCCAAAGACAUUCUCCAUACCACAGGAUUCUGAUUCAGCCACAGAAAAUAUACCACCCCCUCCAGUAUCCAACUUAGAGGUUAAUCAAGAAAGAAGUCCACAGCCAGCUGCCGUUCUCGCUCGUUCAAAAUCUCCAAACAAUGAAGGAGAUGUCCAUUUUUCCAGGGAAGAUGAAAAUCAAUCUUCUGAUGUUCCCGGGCCGCCGGCAGCAGAGGUUCCACCUCUGGUGUACAACUGUAGCUGCUGUUCCAAAGCCUUUGACAGCAGCACUCUGCUCAGUGCCCACAUGCAGCUUCACAAGCCGACCCAGGAGCCUUUAGUGUGCAAGUAUUGCAACAAACAGUUCACCACCCUGAACAGGUUGGAUCGGCAUGAACAGAUCUGCAUGAGGUCAAGCCACAUGCCCAUUCCUGGAGGAAACCAAGGCUUUUUAGAAAACUACCCUACCAUUGGACAAAAUGGAGGUUCAUUCACAGGUCCAGAACCUUUAUUAUCUGAAAAUAGGAUUGGUGAAUUUUCCAGUACCGGAAGUACUUUGCCAGACACGGACCACAUGGUUAAAUUUGUUAAUGGGCAAAUGCUCUAUAGUUGUGUUGUGUGCAAACGUAGUUAUGUGACCUUAUCUAGCCUCCGAAGACAUGCAAAUGUUCACUCCUGGAGAAGAACAUAUCCUUGCCAUUACUGCAACAAAGUAUUUGCAUUGGCUGAGUACAGGACAAGGCAUGAAAUUUGGCAUACGGGAGAAAGACGAUAUCAGUGCAUUUUCUGUCUUGAAACUUUCAUGACCUACUAUAUACUCAAAAAUCAUCAGAAGUCUUUCCAUGCCAUCGAUCAUAGACUUUCCAUCAGUAAAAAAACAGCAAAUGGAGGCUUGAAGCCUAGUGUCUAUCCAUAUAAACUUUAUAGGCUACUGCCUAUGAAAUGCAAAAGAGCCCCUUAUAAGAGCUACCGAAAUUCUUCCUAUGAAAAUGCACGAGAAAACAGUCAAAUGAAUGAGUCUGCACCUGGUACCUAUGUUGUUCAGAAUCCACACAGCUCUGAAUUACCUACGCUGAAUUUCCAAGAUACUGUAAACACCCUGACCAACAGUCCAGCCAUCCCAUUGGAAACAUCUGCAUGUCAGGACAUACCCACUUCUGCCAAUGUACAAAAUGCAGAGGGCACCAAAUGGGGAGAGGAGGCAUUGAAAAUUGAUCUUGACAAUAACUUUUAUUCAGCUGAGGUGUCAGUUUCUUCCACUGAAAAUGCUGUCAGUUCUGACCUCCGGGCAGGGGAUGUACCUGUUUUAUCUUUGAGUAAUAGUCAAAGUGAGAAUGCCGCCUCUGUGAUCAGCUACAGUGGCUCUGCACCCUCGGUCAUUGUACACAGCAGCCAGUUUUCAUCGGUGAUCAUGCACAGCAAUGCCAUUGCUGCCAUGACCAGCAGCAACCACAGAGCCUUUUCAGACCCAGCUGUCAGUCAGUCCCUGAAAGAUGACAGUAAGCCUGAGCCAGAUAAAGUGGGUAAGUUUGCAAGCAGACCCAAAAGCAUUAAGGAGAAAAAGAAAACGACAUCACAUACCAGGGGAGAAAUACCGGAGGAGUCAAAGUACGUUGCCGAUCCUGGAGGAUCAUUGAGCAAAACCACAAAUAUUACUGAAGAAACCAGUAAAAUUGAAACCUACAUUGCAAAACCUGCUCUGCCGGGAACCUCCACAAAUAGUAAUGUUGCACCCCUUUGCCAAAUAACAGUGAAAAUUGGAAACGAAGCCAUUGUGAAAAGGCACAUCCUAGGAUCUAAAUUGUUUUAUAAAAGAGGGAGAAGACCCAAGUAUCAGAUGCAGGAGGAGCCUUUGCCACAGGGGAAUGACCCGGAACCCAGUGGAGACAGCCCACUCGGGCUUUGCCAAUCCGAGUGCAUGGAGAUGAGUGAAGUGUUCGAUGACGCAAGUGACCAGGAUUCCACUGACAAACCGUGGCGCCCUUACUACAACUACAAACCCAAAAAGAAAUCCAGACAGUUGAGAAAAAUGAGGAAAGUCAACUGGAGGAAGGAGCACGGAAACAGGAGCCCGAGCCAUAAAUGUAAAUACCCAGCAGAACUGGAUUGCGCUGUGGGGAAGCCUCCUCAGGAUAAACCCUUUGAGGAAGAAGAAACUAAAGAGAUGCCCAAGCUGCAGUGUGAACUCUGUGACGGAGACAAAGCAGCGGGGGCUGGAAACCAAGGAAGGCCCCACCGACAUCUUACUUCUCGGCCAUACACCUGCGAGCUCUGCGCCAAGCAGUUCCAGAGCCCUUCCACACUCAAAAUGCACAUGAGAUGUCACACCGGGGAGAAGCCAUACCAGUGCAAGACCUGCGGACGGUGCUUUUCGGUGCAAGGAAACUUACAGAAACACGAACGCAUCCACCUGGGCUUGAAGGAGUUUGUCUGUCAGUAUUGCAACAAGGCGUUCACCUUGAAUGAGACCCUCAAAAUCCAUGAAAGAAUCCAUACUGGAGAAAAGCGUUACCACUGUCAGUUCUGCUUUCAGAGAUUUUUGUAUCUCUCCACCAAAAGGAAUCAUGAGCAGAGGCAUAUUCGGGAGCAUAAUGGGAAGGGCUAUGCCUGCUUCCAGUGCCCCAAAAUUUGCAAAACAGCUGCUGCCCUUGGAAUGCACCAAAAGAAACACUUAUUCAAAAGCCCAAGUCAGCAGGAGAAAAUAGGUGACAUGUGCCACGAAAACUCAAAUCCCUUGGAGAAUCAACAUUUCAUUGAUUCAGAAGACAAUGACCAAAAGGAUAACAUACAAACCGGUGUGGAAAAUGUUGUCCUUUGAGUGGCAAGAGUUAGAAAAAUCUUCAAAAAUAUAGUUGGUGGGUUUUUUUUUGUUAUGAUUUAAGUUUAGUUUAAUUUUAUUCACAUAACAGUCAUGAAGGAGUGAAAUUUAAAAACAAAACAAAAAAACACUCAUUUGUGAAAAUUCCAGAAAAAGGAUCCUAAUAUCUACUUUGGGUUUUAGCAUUAACUUUAUGCAAAGUGCACAAAAACAUAAUAGCUGACUCCUCCAGCAUCCCAAGUUUCUUGUGAAAGUUAAUGAAGUUCUUAGCUGUGGUAUUUCUACCAGUGAAAAAAGGAGUUUAAUUUUAGCCUAGUUUGAAACUUUCUAAUAAUUGCUAAUAUGAACUGGCUGCUGAACUGUCUUUAGUCACUGGAGAAAAUGAAGAUGGCAUCUUCGUAAAUAUGUUAUGUGGUAAUGAGCUGUGUGACGGUCUUUAUUCCCAUCUGGCUUCUGCACUAUUAAAAUUUGUUUAAAUUAAUGGAUACACAUGAAAUACUUAAACAAUAUAACUGAAAUUAUGUGCAUAAUGAGUAACCUAAAGUAGGACAUUCAUACAUUAUGUAGAACUACUUUUCUGCAACACAAACCUUGUAAAAUACAUAUAUAAAUCACUAUAACUUUUAACUGUCCAUAUCCCCUGUAGAGAAUUAUGAGGAGCAAUAGAUCUGCAAAUAAUGAGGACUGAUGUAAAAAUCAGUAGAAAGCAUUUUGAAUAUGAUUUCAGAGCAUGUGAAUGCUUUUAGAUGGAAUGCUGUUCCCUUGAAGUUAUGGCUGAGCUGUUCUUAGAACUGGUCUACUCAAUUCACAGAAAACAUAGGUCAUGCCUUAUCUAUGGGGGAACACCCUCCCAGAAUUUACCUGUGAUUGCCUGUGCUACAUAUUACUUUGCAAUGGCCUCAUCUCAGAGAAUGAAAGAGGGUCACAUUCUUCUGAAACUCUCUGCAGUCUUCCAACCACCACAAGGCCAUGGAUGUGGGGGGUCUAUUCCAGACAGACUUAAGGGUUCAAGUGGAAGCUGCCAUCUCCCAUUCCACUGAAGGGAUUUAGUGCAAGGUACACUGCAGUAGUGAAUUCCCAGGCACUUGAAAGUGACUGCCUAAUCCCUAGUAAUUGUAAUUACUAGCCUUCUUGGAGAUUAUGCAGCCCACAAGUACAGACUAGUAUAAUAAAGCAAAAGGGCAAAGGAACCCCCACCCUCCACCCCACCCAUUAAUGACUUGAGUGGGCAAGAAGAAGUGAUGGCCUUCCUUGCCUAAAACAAUAGCCUUGUUUUUAGGGGAUGGAAAGGUAGAAUGUGGAGUGACAUGGUUCUAUCGUUUACUUAUGAGACUCAGAAAUAUAUCUACAAAGCCAGAUGCUCUGUCGUCAUAUUUGCAGACAUCUACACCCCUUGCUAAAAACCCACUGAAGUUUUUUUAAUGUUCUUUUACACUGACCCACACCAUCAACAUUACCCUCAAAUCUAAUUGCCCUACAUCAUAUUCUAUCAUGUGGACCAGGUUCCUGGAAAGCUGGAAUGCAUGAUUCUUUUUUAAACUGCCAGAAUAGGAGGGAGAGAAAACAUUUCUACCCUUUGAUCACCGGUGUGAACAGAAUCCGGAAUGCAGUUUCAGCCUGACCUGCAGUCAUUCAUGUUCAUUGGAUUUGACGGAUGGUUAUCAAAGAUUGGAAGGUUAUCAUUGUGCAGAAGUAGCUUAAAGGACUCCGGUUUCCCUCUACAAGUGUGAUGUCUCCAUGAAGAAGAUUUAGUAUGGAUUUGGGUGGGUAAGAAAGCAUUUAAACACCCAGGAAAGGACAUGAUUAAAGUUGACCUUUUAAUACUGUAGUACCUUGCUGUUAAGUAACCCCACUAUUGUAUCUGCAUUUAUCUUUUGUUCAUCUACUUUCACUUACAUACAGUAUUAUAUAAGUAGAGAAAAAUGGGAAAAUGCAAGCAAAUUCAACUUUAUUUUAUACAUUGUAUAUAUGUAUACCCUACACUAUUCAUUUGGGUUUUGUUAGAUAGUCACAAAGGGCUUAUGAAAAUCAUUUUUGAAUUGAUAAUUAGAACAUUGAAUAAGCAAUCCUAUGAUCCACUAAUUUGUUUUAUCAGUUAAUAAUAUGAAUCAAAGAUAAUUAGUGUGUACUCUAGUCAUUUUGAUUUCAGUUAACCCCAAAUAUAAAAUUACCUGUAGUGAUGUCUCUCUCCCAGCCCUUACAUGUGGAUAUUUUUUAAGUGGGACUUGUAUGCUGAUAAUUCUAGACCAAAGUAAAUAUGGCAGAAUAUUUAUACAUGAAAAAAUAAUUUUGCAAAUAUUUUCUAUAAUUGUAUUCAUUUAAAAUGUUGAUAGCUUGUGUUAGUUUCAGGGAGGGGUGUAUAUUUUGAUAAAAAAAAUACUUGACUUUGUAAUUCUGUAUAUUCUAUACAAUUUAUAGCAGAGCCGUUUUAAGACAGCCUGGUCACUUUUUUUGUUAAUUGUGAAAAUUUUAUUGAGUGAUGUUUAAGUAUGCAUUGAGUACAUGACCAACUAGAAUUAAAGUAAGUGUAAACAGUGAACAUACUGUAUGCUGUACAAGAUAUAAUGUAACUUGCUGUUUUAGCAUCUGUAUUUUGGUUAGAAGAUAUUAUUAAAUGCAGAUGUUAAGGAUUGGAAAAGUCUAAUUUUAUUUUUAGAAAUAAUGGAUAUAAAUUUGUUUUUGCUUGAUUAAAAUAGCUUAUUCCUAUAUUAAGUCUCUUUUUAAAUGUUUUAAUGUUAUUUCUUUCGUGCAGCUAUUUCAUCUGAGUCACAGCUUUGUUUCCACGUAUUAUUCAUUCGGUAUAUUUCUGUUUCCUUACUUGUUUACAUUCCGUGGUACCUACUUACAUGCUUAGGAGUCAAAUGGAUUAUGACAUUAGGAAAAAAGCAGAAUAAAAGAGAUUGAAGUCUUCUGA